GAAACGGAGGCACUGCAGUGCGACACCCUGCCGGGAGCUGAAUAUCAAGCCGGAGCUUGUGAGCCACACAGGCCCUGGUGACAGCAGCCUGACCUUGGGUUUGUGAGCCCCAGAGCAAAACCCUAGGGGUAAUCAAUCCUCUGGUCGCCAGCAUCUUUGCACCCUCACCUACCGGUACAGAGUCUCCGGCCUCCAGCGCCUGUCCCCACGUGUUCCGAAGCCCCAAGUGCCGCCGCGCUGGCUCCAGAAGCCAAGAGGCCGAGGAGGGGACCGGAGCGCGCUGGCGGCUGCCGCACCACGUGUGCUAACCCGGCUGGCGCGGGCGGAGCGGGCCAGGGCUGGCUCCUCCAGCCCCAGCACAAACCGGUUGCCACGCGCCGCCGUGUCGCCGGUCGGCGGCCCAGUCCAGCACAAGCCUCUAGGGCAUUUGGGGACACUGUCUGGACAGCGCAAUGGACAAGGUCUGCAAAGAAAACGGUGCCUCCUCCUGGACGGCGGCGGCGGAGGCGCAGGGAGCCGGCAGGCAGCGGCGAGAUGGGGCCCCUCCGAGAGAGCAAGAAGGAGCAGCGAGUGCAGCAUCAGGAGAAGGAGAUUUCCAGGAGCCGGAUUCCCCGGUUGAUUCUGCGGCCCCAUCUGCCUCAGCAGCAGCAGCAGCAGAACAAGGUUUCCCCAGCUUCCGAGUCUCCCUUUUCGGAGGAAGAAAGUAGAGAGUUCAACCCCAGCAGCUCUGGACGCUCAGCGAGGACGAUUAGCAGCAACAGCUUCUGCUCAGAUGACACAGGUUGUCCCAGCAGCCAGUCAGUAUCCCCUGUGAAGACUCCCUCAGACACAGGGCACAGCCCCAUUGGCUUUUGCCCUGGAAGUGAUGAAGACUUUACCAGGAAGAAAUGCAGGAUUGGAAUGGUUGGUGAGGGAAGUAUCCAGUCAGCUCGUUAUAAAAAAGAAGCCAAAGGAGGUAUCAUAAAGCCAGGCAGUGAAGCAGAUUUUAGCUCUUCGAGCAGCACAGGCAGCAUUUCGGCUCCUGAGGUCCACAUGUCCACGACAGGAAACAAACGAGCCUCUUUCUCACGCAACCGAGGUCCCCAUGGACGAAGCAAUGGAGCAUCAUCCCACAAGUCUGGUAGCAGCCCACCAUCCCCAAGGGAAAAGGACCUAGUGUCUAUGCUGUGCAGGAACCCACUGAGUCCCAGUAACAUCCACCCUAACUACACCCCUUCUUCUCCAAGUAGCAGCAACUCUGGCUCCUACAAAGGAAGUGAUUGUAGUCCAGUCAUGAGGAGGUCUGGAAGAUACAUGUCUUGUGGAGAAAAUCAUGGUGUCAAACCUCCAAAUCCAGAACAGUAUUUGACACCUCUGCAGCAGAAGGAGGUCACAGUGAGACACCUGAGGACCAAGCUGAAGGAGUCUGAGCGCCGACUCCAUGAGAGGGAGUCUGAAAUCAUGGAGCUCAAGUCUCAGCUGGCUCGAAUGAGGGAAGACUGGAUUGAGGAAGAGUGCCACAGAGUGGAGGCUCAGCUGGCCCUCAAAGAAGCCAGAAAGGAGAUUAAACAGCUCAAGCAGGUCAUUGAGACUAUGAGGAGCAGCUUAGCUGAUAAAGAUAAAGGCAUCCAAAAGUACUUUGUGGACAUAAACAUCCAAAACAAGAAACUGGAGUCUCUGCUUCAAAGCAUGGAGAUGGCACACAAUAGUUCCCUGAGGGAUGAGCUGUGUCUAGACUUUUCCUUUGAUUCCCCAUCGAAAAGCUUGCCCCUAAGCAGCACAUUUGACAAGAUGGCAGAUGGGUUAUCUCUGGAAGAACAGGUAACAGAGGAAGGUGCUGACAGUGAGCUUCUGGUGGGAGACAGCAUGGCCGAGGGUACAGAUCUGUUAGAUGAGAUGGUGACUGCCACCACCACAGAAUCCGGUGACCUGGAGUUUGUCCAUUCCACUCCAGGGCCACAGGCCCUCAAGGCUCUCCCCUUGGUGAGCCAGGAAGAGGGCAUUGUGGUGGUGGAGCAAGCAGUACAGACCGAUGUGGUGCCGUUCAGCCCUGCCAUCUCGGAGCUCAUUCAGAGUGUGCUAAAGCUGCAGGACUCCUGUCCCACAAGCUCAGCAUCCCCCGAUGAAUCUGGAGCUGACUCCAUGGAAAGCUUCUCAGAAUCCAUCUCUGCCUUAAUGGUUGAUUUAACUCCAAGAAGUCCCAACUCAGCCAUCCUUCUGUCUCCUGUGGAGAUUCCACUCGGCAAGGCAGCUAUGGAAGCCCGUGGAAAUCGCCUCAUGAGAGAGCUAGAUUUUGCAGCCUACACAGAAGAAAGGUUGGACAGCGUCCUCCCGCUGUCUCAGGGAGGUGUUGUGAGGCAGUACUGGAGCAGCAGUUUCUUGGUGGAUCUUCUGGCUGUGGCUGCCCCUGUAGUACCCACUGUUCUGUGGGCAUUCAGUACUCAGAGAGGGGGUACAUAUCCUGUCUACAACAUAGGAGCCUUGCUCCGUGGCUGCUGUGUGGUGGCCCUACACUCACUACGUCGCACAGCUUUCCACAUGAAAACCUAAUUAGUUGUUAUCGUGUGCCAAUGUAUCUGUGUGGCCUGAUGCCAGGUAGACUAACAGCAGGUGGAUCAGUGGAAGUCUCUAUUCUGUCAGUUUUGCUCCUCGCUAUUUGAUUUGCACUAUAGUCAGUUGAAGCUUGUUCACUGUUUAAACCAGAGGUAUCUCCCAAGGCAUGGAGACCUGGUUCUGGUAGAUGUCCCACCAGAGUGGUGUAGAAAGCAUGCUUAUUCCCCUGUCGUGUUGUCUGAGGUGCCCGUUCUUAUCCUAAUGGUUCAGGAAGAGGAAAUGCAGUUUGCACUUUCGCCACAGCCUAAGGCUGGCAUGUUAUCUCCUUGCUUUGCAUUGUGCCGUUUUAAAAUGUGUAAUUGGUUCCAGCAUUUCAAUGGUCUUGUGCAUAGCAGGGGACUGUAACCAAAAAUAAAAAUGUAUUUGUGUAAUUGGCUCAAAGAAGACUUGAAUAGUUCUUUAUUGUCUUUCUUGGGGUUGAUAAAGUUUGAGUGUUUGGAUUUUUUUUUUUUAACUUAACGUAGCUCCAAAGUCUUAAAAGACUUGUUUGCUCUUAAACCUGUCAGUUGACGAUACUAUGUAAAUUUACAAUGUACUAACUUAUUUUUUGCUUAUUAUAUAUAGUGGUUUUUUGGAAAUUGUUUGUACCCACACACUUCAGCAUGAAAAUAAAGAUUAGUGUUUCCAUUUAAA